UAUGGUCUCGGUAACUAUCACAACCACGUAACGAAUAACAAAUACCUAGGAUUUGGAAUUCGGUACAAAACAGUCGCGUUUCGCUUCGCAUGCGCCUGCCUUUGCGUUAUUUUUAACUCAUUACGCUAUGGUAAACGUGAAGUAGUGCAAAAGGUAUUUGUACCGUCUGUCGAAAACCAUUUCAGUGCGUGCUGGCAGAUAGGAUUCUCUUCAACUUGCUUUGACAGCUUAACAGUGUUUAUGGAUUUUGUCAAAUGCUCCAAAUAUCGAUUUACGAAUUGCUGCGGUGAGAAAACGUCGAUGGAUGAGGAGAACGAGAACAACGGAUUUAAUAACAAAGAUUGCACAUUCCCCAAACGAAAAAAUAAAGUGGCUGAUACACAACCGGUCGUUGACGCAGAUCCUCAGGCUUUUGCUAAAAGCGUUCGUUAUGACGUUUCUUCAAAAGUGCCUAUCACUUGGAAUACGAAUGGAACAAAUUCCAUGUACCAACCUUCCUCUGAUUUAUCUUAUAAUGUAAAGGAUCGGAUAAGUAAUGACUACAGCCAAGAAGAAAUCUUUUCUUCUCUUAAGACAGGGGAAGAUAAAGACUUCCGUUGUCCUAGAUGCGGUAAAAGGAUGCACGAGCCGAGACUCCUACCAUGCUUACAUCCUAUCUGUUCGUUGUGUGUUUCAGAAUUACUAAACAAACGUUCUUGUAAUUCCCCGAAAAUUAUUAAAAUCCACAAUUCACGAGAGCGAAAAAAUAACUUCCAUGAAUUGUGUCCCCUAUGUGAUUUUCGAUUACCAACCGUUGGUUCUCCGGUACCUCCUCCACAUUAUCCUCUUCAACAUCGGUUGGUCAUGGACGCCAUACGCUGCAGACUUGCAAAUAGAGUUCUCUGUGAUGUUUGUACGGAUGAAGUGGUUGCGUCGGUCCAGUGUUCCACGUGUCUCCGCAAUUUUUGUACGGAAUGUGGGAUGGAACAUCAACAGCUAGUCACCAUGGAACUCAAGCCAUUAAAACAUAAGAUAAGACCGCUUUGGGAAGCUACUAAACUGCGACGUACCACGUUAUGUCAAAAACAUCCUACACACGCACUGAGAUUUUAUUGUAUUGCGUGCCAACAGGUAACGUGUAAAGAAUGUAUGUGGAGUACUCAGCAUCGCGGCCAUGCCAGCGAAAACGCAUCCGGAGCUGGGAGAAGGGUUGCUUUAUAUUUGACGACAGUAUUGCAAAAGGCAAAAGCACUUUUGAACGUGCUUUUAACACAGUAUGAUCGAAAUACGCUAUUAAGUAGUACCUUCGAAGAAAUGAAAGAUUCUUUCAUUUCUAUGGAUUACCGGUAUGUUAUCAUAAUACUUAUUUAAGGUUAAAGACUGUGGAAUUGUGUAGAGGUAUGAAUUGUCAUGUGAUGUUACAAGGUUCAGAGCGAUAAUUAUAAGACUGUCAUUUGAGGUACAACAUAAUAAGAUAUAGAAAAUUAUUUUAGGAAUAGUAUGUUAAGUUUUACAUGCAAUGACAUUCCAUUCUAUAGCAGUUUGUAUUGCUAUGUAUAUUUAAUAAAGACUGAUGUACAAAAAUAAUGAUAUACAGAGAGGCAGUGCCUGAUAAUCAGAACUGUACUGUACAUAUCUUUGCAACCAUUGACUCAAAAUUCUUGGUCUCAAAUAUUCCUAAUAAUUUUACACAUCGAAUAUAUAACACAGAUUGCUAUAAUAGUAGCUUAUAACAAUUUUUUGUAAGUAAGCUUUCUCACUGGCACAGGUGCACUUUACCGCAAAGAAUUUAUAUACAUAUGAAGAACAGGCAAAAAUAUGGCAAUUGAGGGGCUAAAAGAAUAUUUUGAAGGUACAGGAAUGUUCAGGAAGCUUACCUGCAUGUAUAUCAUGCAAAAGAAGUUUAUUUACUGUUUGAAAAUAAAAAUUUAAAAAUAGCGCCAUUUGUGACAAGUAGUGACCCUUGUGGCGAAAUUUCGAAGCUCCGUUCAGGGGUUCGUACAGCGUCAAUGCACGUAGUGACAAAAUGCUCAAACUAUUGGGCAACGUGACCGACGGAAUAAUUAUACUCUUGGAAAUGUACAGUUGCGUCAUCUGGUGCUUUCAAGAAUUAUCGAAAAUUUGUAAUUUGUAUCAGGUAACGAGAAUCAUUCAUUUUUGUUUGCAAUAAUAAAAAAACUUCUUUGCAUGAUAUACAUGCACACGGCAGUCUCUUGAAUAUUUGUAAAACCUUAGAAUAUCCUUUAACAGUUAAAUUCCCUAGUAAAGGAAAUUUAAAUACAAAUAUGUAUAGAUGUAUAAUGAAAUUAAUACCAAAUAAACAGCAUCAAACUAGCA